AUGAAAACACGUGAAGAAACAAUUUCUCGUGAAUCUUUUCGAUAUGAAUUAAUUGACGACGGAAAUUGGGUAAAUAUAGUUCGUGAACAACUUGAUUCUAUGCACUCACCAAUUUCACAGAAAGAUGCAAUGACAUCGUAUGCCACAAGUAAAAAUAGUAUUUUGAAUAUCUAUUUUUAUUAUACGGAUAUAUUCUAUAAUUACAGGCCUCCUUCAGUAAACGUGGUUAACUUUGCAGAUCGGGAAAAAAUCUACCAUAAUAAUGUGAGGACUGUUGAAGAAACGCAUCUACUUAAAAGUACGGGUUCAGUGAGCGAAAAUUUUUCUGAAGAACAUUGGUCAUCUGAAAUUAAAUCAUAUAUUGCUGCGGAACCACCGAAAUUUGUCCAGGCACUGAAAGCAUUUCGAGUGCUUACAACAGAUAUGUUAACUCUUGUCGUAGAAGUGAAAAGUGAUCCACCUGCAAUAUUCGAAUGGUUUUGCAACGACCGACCGGUGCAACAAGAUUGGCGUAGAUUCAAAACUCGUCAUGGCAUAAAUAUAACCACUCUCACAGUCGAGGGUCCUGAGCAGGGUGUUUAUAAAUGUAUAGCUAGGAAUCCAGCUGGUGUUUCUACAACUUACUGUUUUAUUACUGUUAAUGGUAAGCUAGUUCUGCAGCCUUCUAAUGAUUUGUUAAUGGAGGCAUAUUACAUGGAUUUAAUAGCUUUUAUUUUGCUUCAAGUGGUUCGGCCAAAAAAUUUUCAUUUUUCAGUAAAUUUCAGUAACUUUUCGAUUUCAGAAGUAAAGAAGCCAGCGCUAAAUUUGGAUAGCGCUCCGAAAUUCAUUAAUCAAAUCCCAAACCUUACAUUGAAACCUGGAGCUGAAGCAAUAAUUGACGUUGAAGUUGAAGCAUGGCCUCCACCAUUAUUCAAAUGGUACGUCAAUGGAACAGAAUACAAAGACAAUACAGAACUGAUCGAAAUAUACUGUCUCACUCCAAACAGGUGCAUUGCUCGUUUUCCAAUCCCACAAACUGGAGAAUAUCGUGUUAUUGCAGAGAACAGAGUUGGAAAAGAUCAAAGUAUCGGAUAUAUCGAUAUCAAAAAAGAGAUUUCUUCAAGUCAAAUGCAACGGCCGCCGUUACCAGGAAACCAAACAACUCGCCGUAUAAUUACUGCUGCUCAUAAUAGUGAUAACGAAACAAAUGCGGAUCGAUCUUCAUCAGUUACAAAAAUACUUGAUAUGUACGAAGAAAGUACUUAUUAUCAAAGAUCGACAAGUUUACCACGUUCGAUGAGAAGCGAACAGAUCGAAAUUGCAACGAGUAACGAGAUGUUGCGUUCUGAAGAACCGCGAUUGCAUCGUAUUUCUUCGAUGAAAGAACUUCAAACAUUUGGAAGCGAAAGUAGAGAAUUAAUUCAAAUAUAUAGUAAAAAAGAAGAUAUGGCACGCUACCUACCACAGCCUCCAGUUUUCACCAAUAAAUUACCAGAAGUGAUCACAAUACAAUCAGACGAAGAACUACUGUUAAGUGCAUCUGUUAAAGCACUGCCACAAGCUGAAGUAAAAUGGAACCUAAAUGGCUUUGAAAUUAGAUCUUCAAGAGGUAUUACGCUUCUAAAUGAGAAGAACCAUUCAACACUGAUCAUUCAACAACCAGUGAAAGAUGGAUUGUAUGCGGUGACAGCAUCAAAUGACCUGGGAAUGAGCACUAUGGCUACUCGAGUUUAUAUUAUAAAAGAAUAUUCGAAGGACAAUAAUAUAAUGGAUGAGAACAAAAGUUUGCAAAAUCAACGGACAACGCCACCGGAAAUAAUACAAAAUUCAGUCACUGUAACUACUUCACACGAUGAUUGGGAAAUAGUGGAUGAAAUUAUUUCAAACAAGUCUUCAACCGAAUCAUUUGAAACAAUCAAGGCAGUAGAUUUGAACAAAAUUGAAGAUAUGCGUUUACAUGAUGAAACGCCAAAGCCAGCAUACAAACCUGGUUCUGGAAUACUUAAGAAAAAUGCCGACAUUUCCAUUUCUGACUUUAUUCCUUGCCCUUACAGCGCUUCACAAGCAAAAAUAUAUGAAGGAUCCAAAAAGUUUUCAGUACCAAUUACGAAAUCGAUCGAGCCUUUUCCUAAGCGACCAUUUAUUGUUAGACAACUCGAACCAGAUAUAUUCGUUAAAAAAGGUGAGAAACUUAUUCUUGAAUCAGUGGUUGAUUCUUAUCCGGUAUCACGGUUUCAGUGGUAUCAUAAUAAUUUCGAAAUUAAGCCAUCACCAAAUGUUUAUAUUGAUGAUACUGUUACAAAUCGAAGUGAAGCAACAUUCUAUAUGCCUACGAGUGGAAUCUAUAAAGUAAUAGCUAGUAAUCAGCAUGGUUCAUGUUCAAAUACAACUCGUGUCACCACAGAAAUCAUUGAGGAAAUAAUUGAAGAAACAGGGACUUAUAGCGUCCAGGCAACAAAAACGACGCCAUUCUAUAAAUUAAUUAAAAAGCCGAUGGUAAAAAUGCGAAACGAUUUGCCAAUGCCUCCGAAAAUCAUUCGCAAAUUAUUGCCAGUAACGCGAAUCGAGCAAAAUGGGUCUCUAACUUUAGAGAUUAGCGUUGAAGCUAUUCCUGAGGCAUCUAUAACAUGGCGUUUAAAUAAUUUCGAGAUACGACCGAGUGCGUCAACUAGUAUAGAAAGAAUAUCUGAAAAUGUGUCUAGAAUUACUUUUCUUGAAGCAAUUGAUGGACGUGUUGAAGCCAUUGCAAAAAAUUACCUUGGCCAAGAUUCUACUUCAACGAAGAUUUUAAUUGAGUAUCCGAAAGAUAUGAAUAAAGUCGCACAAUCAUAUCCACUCACUUUUAUUGUGCCUCUAGCUGCUGAAUUAUUGAUCUCAGAUACCACAAAGGAAACUAAACUUAUGGUAACAGUUCGUGCACAACGACCCGUAACAUUCCAGUGGUUUGCCAAUGGGGAAUCAUUAAACCACAGUACUGAUCACCAAUUCGUCAACGAUGAUUAUUCAAGCAUUUUGAUAAUAAAACCGAAUCUUUUGAUUAAACAAGCUUUUUAUGCAGUUGAGGCAUCCAAUGAUCAAGGAUCUAUUUGGUGCGAAUCCCUGAUAAAGCCGCACCUUCCUAUCCCAUCGAAAACUAUCAAAUCGGAAGUAUCUACGAGUGUUUGGCAAAAAGCACCAUAUUUCACGCAGAUUUUAACGUCUUUAGAAAUUGAAGAAGGUCAAAUGUUCACAGCUAACGUUGCCAUUAAGGAUGGUUGCAGUCCUUGCGAGUUUUUCUGGUCAUUGAAUGGCAGAGAUGUUCGAACAUUUCCAGGAAUACUUAUCGACUCGACUUCAUAUGAAUCAAGUUUGACAAUUAAUAGCAUUUCGUGGAAAAUGGAUGGCAAACUAUCUGUAACGGCAAAGAACAAAUAUGGUAGUGCAGUAUCGUCCGGGAAAAUAACUCUACGUGAAAGUAAAUAUCGUUGA